CCCUCCUUGGUUUCUCUCUCGCAAUCUAUUACUCCCUCUAUGUUCUAUGCUUCUCUCUCUUUCUCUAUUCCUGCCGGCUGGGUGCUUAAGCUGGGCGGAUGGCAACAAUACAGCUCGGCUAGAGAGCAGCGAGCUUCUCCUGGACAAGCCCCAAGCAGGCAGCCAGCUGCAGCAGCCCCCCAUCCAAAGCCAGUGGCUUCUGUGGACUUGCUGAAAUGCGAAAAAGGCAACAAUCACAAAAUGAUGAACCCUCACCUGUAUCACAAGCGCCUGGUGGAAACCAAAGGCCAAACACAUGCUGCUUUUGCUGGUGCUGUUGUUGCAGCUGCUCAUGGUAUGUCUUGCAGUAUAUUUGGUACCUUAUCCAAUACAGGAAUGAAGAUAGAGGGGAGAAUGCAGGAAGAAUGGCACACACAACGAAGAUGGAGAGCAUCCAGGUUGUAGAAGAAUGCAAAAGCCCUACUGCAGAGGAAGUCAUAUCUUGGUCUCACAAUUUUGAUAAAAUGAUGAACAGUCCCGCUGGAAGAAAUCUCUUCCGGGAUUUUUUACGCACAGAAUACAGUGAAGAAAAUCUUCUCUUCUGGUUGGCAUGUGAAGACUUGAAGAAUGAGCAAAACAAGAAACUGGUUGAAGAAAAGGCUAGGAAUGUAUAUGAAGAUUAUAUCUCUAUACUCUCACCAAAAGAGGUCAGCCUCGAUUCCAGAGUCCGGGAAGUAAUCAACAGGAAUUUGCUGGAUCCAACCCCACACAUGUAUGAAGAUGCUCAACUACAGAUUUACACACUGAUGCACAGAGACUCAUUUCCAAGGUUUUUGAACUCACAAGUAUAUAAGACUUUUCUUGAGAGUACAGAAAGCCCCACUAUUGACUCUUAGCUGAACCAUUUAAAGACACAAAAUGUUCUUCUUUUUAUCAAUAGAACAAAAAA